CAACAUACUUCAUUCUCUCUCUAUUUUCUCUUUCUUUGAUAUUCACCUUCAUUCAAACGCUACGGGCUGGUUGGUGUUUGGGGGAGAUAGAGGUGUGCUAGAUCUGCGGCGGCCGCCAUGUGGAACUCCGCCAAGAAUGCCUUUGCCAGAUCGGCGUCGUUUAGGGAGGACUUGGACGACGAGGAGGCGCUCCGGUGGGCCGCACUGGAGAGGCUGCCGACGUACUCGCGAGCACGCAGAGGCAUUUUUAAGGAUCUUACAGGUGAGAAAAAGGAGAUCGAUGUGAGCGAGCUCGAGGCACAGGAGCGGAUUCUUGUUCUUGAGAGAUUGGCUAAUUCCGUUGGCGAUGACCCAGAGAAGUUCUUCGAUCAGAUGAGAAGCCGAUAUGACAAGGUAAAGCUGAGGUUUCCGAAGAUUCAAGUUCGAUUUCAACAGUUGACAGUUGAAACCUAUGUUCAUGUUGGAAGCAGAGCCCUGCCGACGAUUCCUAAUUUUAUCUACAAUAUGACCGAGGCUCUUUUAAGACAAUUGCGACUAUACAAGAGAAAGCGAAGUAAAUUGACAAUUCUAGCCGACAUUAGUGGGAUUAUCAGACCCUCAAGAUUGACUCUGCUGUUGGGCCCGCCAAGCUCUGGAAAAACGACACUACUUUUAGCUCUUGCUGGCAGGCUGGGGCCUGGUUUGCAGAUGUCAGGGAGCAUUACAUACAAUGGGCAUACUCUCAAUGAGUUUGUUCCUCAGAAAACAGCUGCUUAUGUCAGCCAACAAGAUUCACACGUGCCAGAGAUGACUGUAAGGGAAACUCUUGAUUUUGCUGGCCGCUGUCAAGGCGUUGGAUUUAAGCAUGAUAUGGUGCUGGAACUCGCCAGAAGAGAAAAGAAUUCUGGGAUAAAACCUGAUGAAGAUCUUGAUAUAUUUAUGAAGGCUUUAGCACUUGGUGAAAAGGAAACAAAUCUUGUUGUGGAAUACGUCAUGAAGAUAUUAGGUUUGGACAUGUGCGCUGACACAUUGGUAGGAGAUGAAAUGCUGAAGGGCAUUUCAGGAGGGCAAAAGAAGCGUCUUACAACAGGUGAAUUACUGGUUGGGCCAGCAAGAGUCUUGUUCAUGGAUGAAAUAUCAACUGGCCUUGAUAGUUCAACUACUUACCAAAUUGUCAAAUAUCUUAAGCAUUCCACCCGUGCGCUUGAUACAACCACUAUCAUAUCUCUUCUACAACCAGCUCCCGAGACAUAUGAGUUGUUUGAUGAUGUCAUUCUUUUGUGCGAGGGUCAGAUUGUGUAUCAGGGACCUCGUGAGUCUACUCUUGAAUUUUUCAGAUUGAUGGGAUUUAGUUGUCCUGAGCGAAAGAAUGUGGCAGACUUCUUGCAAGAAGUUACAUCGAAGAAGGACCAAGAACAGUACUGGUCUGUUCUCGACCGUCCUUACCGGUACAUACCCGUUGGGCAGUUUGCAGAAGCUUUUGCUUUAUAUCGCGAUGGCAAGAAUUUGUCAGAGGAACUAAAAGUUCCUUUCAAUAAACGCUUUAAUCACCCAGCAGCCUUGGCAACAACUAACUACGGAGCGAAAGGGCUUGAAUUGCUCAAAACCAGCUACCAAUGGCAGAGGCUACUAAUGAAGCGAAAUUCAUUUAUUUAUGUCUUUAAAUUUGUUCAGCUUCUUUUGGUUGCUUUGAUCACAAUGAGUGUUUUCUUCCGGACAACAAUGCAUAAAGACACAAUAGACGAUGGAGGCAUAUAUCUGGGGGCGCUGUACUUUUCUAUGGUAAUUAUUCUGUUCAAUGGUUUUACGGAGGUAUCAAUGUUGGUUGCAAAGCUUCCAGUACUUUACAAGCACAGAGACUUGCACUUCUAUCCUAGUUGGGUUUAUACACUCCCUUCUUGGCUCCUUAGUGUUCCAACUUCCCUCAUGGAGGCCGGAUGCUGGGUUGUAGUCUCGUACUACACGAUUGGAUAUGAUCCUGCUAUUUCUAGAUUUUUAAAGCAGUUUUUGCUAUAUUUCCUUCUACACCAAAUGUCAAUUGGUCUCUUCCGUUUGAUAGGAUCGUUGGGCAGGAAUAUGAUCGUAGCCAAUACCUUCGGAUCCUUUGCCAUGUUGAUUGUGAUGGCCCUUGGAGGAUACAUAAUUUCAAGAGACCGUAUACCUCGUUGGUGGAUAUGGGGCUUUUGGAUUUCUCCGCUAAUGUAUGGACAAAAUUCGGCUUCUGCAAAUGAGUUCCUUGGACAUUCAUGGCAUAAGCCUGCUGGAAAUGAUACUUCACUUCCGUUGGGUAAAGCAUUAUUAAGAGAGCGGAGUUUGUAUCCAGAGAGCUAUUGGUAUUGGAUUGGUGUUGGUGCAAUGGUUGGAUAUACGAUUUUGUUCAAUACAUUAUUUACUAUCUUCCUAGCUUACCUUAAUCCUUGGGGCAGGCCACAAGCUGUUGUCUCAAAGGAGGAGCUAGAAGAAAGAGAAAGGAGGAGAAGAGGCGAAAGUUCUGUUAUUGAGCUGAGGGAGUACUUCCGGCAUUCAUCAUCAAAUGGAAAGCAUUUUAAGCAACGAGGGAUGGUUCUUCCUUUUCAACCGCUUUCAAUGGCUUUCAGCAAUAUCAAUUACUAUGUGGAUGUCCCCAUGGAAUUGAAACAACAAGGGAUAUCAGAAGACAGGUUGCAGCUGUUAGUUAAUGUUACAGGAGCUUUUAGGCCUGGGGUGCUCACAGCAUUGGUUGGAGUCAGUGGUGCUGGAAAAACCACUCUUAUGGAUGUAUUGGCUGGAAGAAAAACUGGUGGAACCAUAGAAGGGAGCAUAUGCAUUUCUGGUUAUCCAAAAAGACAAGAAACUUUUGCAAGAAUUUCUGGAUAUUGUGAGCAGACUGAUGUUCAUUCUCCUUGCUUGACUGUCUGGGAAUCACUACUAUUCUCUGCUUGGCUUCGAUUACCUUCAGAUGUUAGCUUGGAGAUACAAAAGGCUUUUGUUGAGGAGGUAAUGGAGCUUGUGGAGCUCACUUCAUUGAGUGGAGCACUUGUGGGUUUACCUGGAAUUGAUGGAUUGUCAACAGAACAACGAAAAAGGUUAACUAUAGCAAUUGAACUGGUUGCCAACCCUUCUAUAGUCUUUAUGGAUGAGCCCACAUCAGGGUUGGACGCUCGGGCAGCUGCCAUUGUGAUGCGAACAGUGAGGAAUAUAGUAAAUACUGGGAGAACUAUUGUGUGCACAAUCCAUCAGCCUAGCAUAGAAAUAUUUGAAUCCUUUGAUGAGCUUCUGUGUAUGAAGCGGGGGGGUGAGCUAAUAUAUGCUGGUCCGCUCGGCCCCAAGUCUUGUGAGCUAAUAAGUUAUUUUGAGUCGAUUGAAGGUGUUCCAAAGAUUAGAACAGGAUAUAACCCUUCUACAUGGAUGCUGGAGGUUACUUCUCCUUUGGAAGAAAGUCGUCUAGGAGUGGAUUUUGCUGAAAUCUACAGAAGAUCAAGCUUAUUUCUGCGAAACAAAGACUUGGUUGAAACCUUGAGCAAGCCCAGUAGUAAUUCAAAAGAAUUGAGUUUUCCUAGCAAGUAUUGUCGGUCAUAUUUUGAGCAGUUCCUAACUUGCCUCUGGAAGCAAAAUCUAUCUUAUUGGCGUAACCCACAAUACACUGCUGUUCGCUUCUUCUACACUGUCAUUAUCUCAUUGAUGUUGGGAACUAUAUGCUGGAGAUUUGGUGCCAAAAGGGAAUCGCAGCAAGAUAUAUUUAAUGCCAUGGGAUCUAUGUACGCAGCAAUUCUAUUUAUUGGCAUCACAAACGGCACGGCUGUUCAACCUGUUCUUUCUGUUGAAAGAUUUGUUUCAUAUCGAGAAAGAGCAGCAGGGAUGUAUUCAGCCUUACCAUUUGCAUUUGCCCAGGGUGCUAUUGAGUUUCCUUACGUAUUUGCCCAAUCUCUUAUAUACUGUUCAAUAUUCUAUUCCAUGGCUUGCUUUGAGUGGAGUGCUGUUAAGUUCAUUUGGUACAUAUUCUUCAUGUACUUUACCAUGCUGUAUUUUACCUUCUAUGGAAUGAUGACCACGGCCGUCACACCAAAUCAUCAUGUUGCUGCCAUUAUUGCUGCUCCAUUUUAUAUGCUGUGGAAUCUCUUCAGCGGUUUCAUGAUCCCUCAUAAGAGAAUUCCAAUAUGGUGGAGAUGGUAUUACUGGGCAAACCCUGUAGCCUGGACUCUCUAUGGCCUGGUAACUUCUCAGUAUGGUGAUGAUUAUAAACUUGUGAAGCUAUCUGAUGGAAUAAGCUUGAGACCCAUAAAGCAGGUUCUGGUUGAAGUGUUUGGUUAUAAGCAUGAUUUCUUGUGCAUUGCUGCCAUAAUGGUGCCUGGUUUCUGCAUAUUUUUUGCAAUAAUAUUUGCCUUUGCAAUUAAAUCCUUCAAUUUCCAAAGGAGAUGACAGGGUUGGUGUGCCGUGAGAGUUUUGUUACUGCUACUAAGAUUGUGCAAAUUUUUCCAAUUGAGUUUGCCAUUUGUUAUUUGUAUAGUCGAUUAUUACCCUGCGCCAAACAAAUAUGCCUUUCUUUAGGGUUUACAUAAACUAAUAAGAUUUUACGUUUUCAAGAAUUACUGUGUUCCACCCAAUUCAAAUUAUAGUUUACUGUAAAGAGACAUUAUUAUUAUUAUUGUUAUUAUUAUCUUUCAUCACAAA